AUGGCCCAGCAGUGGGGCCCUCAAAGGUUUGCAGGUGGGCAGCCACAGACCAGCUUUGAGGACAGCACCCAGGGGAGCGUCUUCACCUACACCAACAGCAACUCCACCAGAGACCCCUUCGAUGGCCCCAAUUACCACAUCGCUCCCCGAUGGGUGUAUCACCUCACCAGUGUCUGGAUGGUCUUUGUGGUCAUCGCCUCCAUCUUCACGAAUGGGCUCGUGCUGGCAGCCACCAUGAAGUUCAAGAAGCUGCGCCACCCUCUGAACUGGAUCCUGGUGAACUUGGCCAUCGCUGACCUGGCGGAGACGAUCAUCGCCGGCACCAUCAGCAUUGUGAACCAGAUGUACGGCUACUUUGUGCUGGGCCACCCCUUGUGCAUCGUGGAGGGCUACACUGUCUCCUUGUGUGGGAUCACCGGUCUCUGGUCCUUGGCCAUCAUUUCCUGGGAGAGGUGGAUGGUGGUCUGCCAGCCCUUUGGCAACGUGAGAUUUGAUGCCAAGCUGGCCAUCGCGGGCAUUGCCUUCUCCUGGAUCUGGGCUGCUGUGUGGACAGCUCCACCCAUCUUUGGUUGGAGCAGGUACUGGCCCCACGGCCUGGAGACCUCGUGUGGCCCGGACGUGUUCAGCGGCAGCUCGUACCCUGGGGUGCAGUCUUACACGAUCGUGUAAGCAGGAGAAUGAGAUCGGGGUCCUGAACACCGUGCGUACGUUGUCCCUUUGUCAAUCAGCUUACCUACAAUCAGCUUGAUCUGGAGGUGCCAUCUGUCCCUGUGGCUCUGUCUCCCCCAGGUGGCGAAGCAGCAGAAAGAAUCCGAGUCCACCCAGAAGGCGGAGAAGGAGGUGACCCGCAUAGUGAUGGUGAUGAUCUUCACGUACUGCCUCUGCUGGGGGCCCUACACAUUCUUUGCAUGCUUCGCCGCUGCCCACCCUGGCUACGCCUUCCACCCUCUGGUGGCCGCCCUGCCAUCCUACUGCGCCAAAAGUGCCACUAUCUACAACCCCAUUAUCUAUGUCUUUAUGAACCGGCAGCUGCAGCUUUUUGGGAAGAAGGUGGAAGACAGCUCUGAGCUCUCCAGCGUUUGCAAAGCAGAAGCUUCAUCUGUCUCUUCGGUCUCACCUGCCUGA